AUGGGGGAUUCAAAACACACAGCGCUCAAACGAUUUCUGGCACUAGAGAGACGACUAGCUGGCAAUGCUGAAAUAAAAGUCAUGUAUGAGCAAUUUAUCGAAGAAUAUUUGCGAUUAGAACAUAUGAGAGAGGUUACAGGUGACGAUGAAUCGACCACACAGCACUAUUAUAUACCGCAUCACUAUGUUCUGAAGCCUGACAGCUCGAUCACCAAAUUGCGCGUGGUCUUUGAUGCAUCAUGCGCAACCAGCACUGGAAUUUCUCUGAAUGACUCCCUCCUAGUCGGUCCAACGGUACAGGAUGAUUUGCUUGCGAUCGUUCUGCGGUUUAGGCUCCACCGCUUUGCUGUGGUCGCAGAUAUAGAAAAAAUGUACCGCAUGGUACGGGUGCAAUCCAGCGAUUGGCGACUGCAGCGGAUUUUUUGGCGAACCAACCGAAAUGAAUACAUUCGCAUCUUUGAGCUCCAAACUGUCACCUAUGGGACAGCAUCAGCUCCAUACUUGGCAACAAAAUGCCUGAAACGAUUAGCUGAGCUCGAUGGAAGCAAGUUUCCGGAAGCAGCAAGGAUAUUGGCAGAGGAUUUUUAUGUCGAUGACAUGAUGUCCGGAACAGAAAGCAUUGAGGAAGGCGUACGACUAUGUGCCGAUAUGCAAGCCUUGCUGACCGGAGGGGGAUUUAUACUGCGGAAGUGGAGUUCUAAUUGCCCAGCGAUUUUAGAACAGAUACCUGACGAAUUUAAGGAUGAUCGUACAUCAUUCGAACUAGACGAAUCCAGUGCCACGAUUAAAACCCUUGGGCUGAUCUGGGAGCCUAGAUUAGACUGCUUUAAAUUCAAGAUUCCUGAGUGGAAUCGUUCUGAUAUUUGCAAGCGCACUGUCCUGUCGGAUCUGGCUAAAUUAUUCGACCCACUGGGAUUAGUAAGCCCUGUCAUCAUUACAGCUAAAAUGUUCGUCCAAUCCCUCUGGAAACAGAAGGUUUCUUGGGACGAUACCCUUCCUCACGAUCUACAAGCACAGUGGAAUGAGUUUCGUCUAAGUUUAGGUAGCCUAACGAGUUUGAAGGUGCCCAGAUGGUUAGCAUUCAACAAACAGUAUCGCUCAAUUGAAUUCCAUGGGUUUUGUAAUGCAUCUACAAAGGCGUACGGGGCUUGUAUCUAUCUGCGAUGCACUCACGAAAACGGAAGCGUUACGUGUCACUUGAUUGCCUCAAAAUCUAGAGUAGCACCGCUAGAAGAUUUGAAAAAACGUAAAAGGCAGCAAUCCAUUCCACGUUUGGAGCUGUCGUCUGCUUUACUGCUAGUGCAUUUGUGUGAAAAGGUGACCAGCAGUUUAAAGAUAUGUUCAUCACAACACUUCUGGACAGAUUCGAUGAUUGUCCGAUAUUGGUUAGCUUCAAUUCCUUCGCGGUGGCAGACAUUUGUGGCAAACAGAGUGUCGGAGAUCCAACAUGCAACGAAGGAUGGGAGAUGGUGUCACGUUCCAGGUACAGAUAACCCAGCUGACAUAAUUUCACGUGGCACUUCCGCAGAACAAUUGAUUCAUAAUACGGUAUGGUGGCACGGACCGGAAUGGCUGUUAAGAGAUGAAGAUUCAUGGCCCCAGGACGAGAUUAUUUCUGAAUCGAAGUUCAACGCCUCUCUACUCGAGGAACAUUCAGCAGUUGCCGCCGUAGUCAACAUUUCUACUCCAAAUGAGAUCUUCCAUCUCAAAUCGUCACUAACAAGUUUAGUUCGACUAAUCGCCUGGUUGCUGAGAUUUAAGCAUAAUUGUCACGAAAGCAAUUGCAAUAAUCGACGCUCUGGACCCCUGACACUUAUGGAACGAGAAGCAGCACUCUUACAUCUUGUUAAGUUAGCUCAGCACGAACGGUUCGGACAAGAAAUCCGAGACUUACAAAAACGAAAUGAAGUGAAGCCGACGUCCCGCAUAAAUUCACUCUGUCCAAAAUUGCUAGACGGCGUAGUUCGUGUUGGUGGCCGGCUCGCAAAUGCACAGAUUUCAGCUGGAAGGAGACAUCCGAUCAUUCUGGACAAAGAUCACCCACUAACGGAACUCGUUAUACUACAUUAUCACCAUAAGCUGCUACACGCAGGCCAACAGCUCUUGAUUGCCAGUGUACGCGAUCGAUUUUGGCCCUUAAGUAUUCGCAAUCUCGCACGCAAAAUCAUUCAUCGCUGCGUUAUUUGCUUCCAUAACAAACCAACAGUGCAUGAGCAGCUGAUGGCGGACUUACCUUCAGCACGCGUAACUCCUGCACCAUCAUUUGAACGUGUUGGCGUCGACUAUUGCGGGCCGUUCCAAAUCAAUUACCCCAAUCGCAAAAAGGCCCCUGUGAAAUGCUAUGCUGCCAUUUUUGUGUGCCUCGUUACUAAGGCAGUCCAUAUUGAAAUGGUCGUAGACCUGUCGACAUCAGCAUUUUUGGCCGCUCUUAAAAGGUUUGUGGGGAGGCGUGGCAAACCUUUAAUUGUCAUGUGCGACAAUGGCAAAAACUUUGUCGGGGCUAGGCGUGAACUCGAUGAACUUCGCAGAUUGUUUCUUGAUCAACAGUCACAAGAGCAAAUUAUUUCGAAGGCAGCUGAUGAUGACGUGGUAUUUAAAUUCAUUCCCCCAAGAUCUCCGAAUUUUGGCGGCCUCUGGGAGGCUUCCGUUAAGUCUAUGAAACAUCAUCUCAAACGGACAGUCGGGAUGAAGAUUCUAAUGCCAGACGAGUUCCAAACAGUUCUCUUGCAAAUAGAGGCAUGUCUAAACUCACGACCUCUGACUCCUCUCAGUAAUGAUCCCGGAGACUUCGAAGUGUUAACUCCUGGAAAUUUUUUGGUUCAACGCCCACUCACCGCGCUUCCUGAACCAGCACUUCAUGAAGUUCCCGAAAAUCGAUUAUCACGAUGGCAACGUACUCAGGCUUUCCUUCAGCGAAUCUGGGAGAAAUGGUCGACGCAAUACUUAUCAGAUUUGCAUAAUAGAACCAAGUGGACAAAGCAACGCGAUAAUCUUUCUGUGGGCACAAUGGUUGUGGUAAAGGAAGAUAAUCUUCCUCCACUGAAGUGGGCGCUCGGUCGGGUAACGCAUAUCACCAAGGGAGCAGACGGAAACGUCCGAGUAACUACGAUAAAAACAAAAGAUGGCUACUUCUCACGGGCAAUCAGCAAAAUUUGCAUCUUGCCCAUUCGUGAUAAUGAACAAUCACCACUGAACGGGAAGGACUAG